AUGGCGAAUGUUUUUCGUCAAUUUUUAGUCGAUGCUGAAAAUGGAGAUGCCGCUGCUGUUAAAAGAAAUAUUGAAAAUGGUAUUGAUUUAGAAACACGUGAUGAAGAUCAACAAACUGCACUUAUUUUAUCAGCUCGAUGUAAUCAUCUAGAAUGUGUAAAAGUUCUUCUUGAAGCGCAUGCUGAUGUAAAUGCGGAAGAUGUGGAUAACUGGACAGCAUUAUUAAAUGCAUCACAAAAUGGAAAUUUAGAUAUUGUUCGUGUUCUUGUCGAAUAUGAUGCAAAAAUUGAACAUUGCGAUUGUGGACAAUUUACUUCUUUAAUGUGGGCAUCUUAUGAAGGACAUACAAGAGUUGUUGAAUAUUUAUUAAGUUGUGAUGCAAAUGUUGAUGCUGUCGAUGAACAUGGAAUUUCAAGUUUAAGUUGGGCAUCAGGACGCAAUCAUGUUAAUAUUGUAGAAUUAUUACUGAAAGCUGGUGCUUCACCUAAUCUAUGCGAUAAGAAUGAUACAACUCCAUUAAUAUGGGCUAGUCGACGUGGUCAUACGGAAAUAGUUGAUUUAUUAUUAAGAUUUAAUGCUAGUGUUAAUAAUAUUGGAAUGAAAAAUAUGACAGCUUUAUUAGCUGCUACAAAAGGUGGUCAUGGUGAAACAGCUCUUCGUCUACUUCAAAAUCAAACAAUUGAUAUUAAAGUACAAGAUAAGGAUGGACAAACACCAUUGAGUCAUGCAUGUGCUCAAGGUCUUACUGAUGUUGUUGCUGAACUUGUUCGACAUCAUGCUUAUGUUAAUACAGUUGAUAGAAAUGGUGAUCCGGUUCUUUUCUUUGCUGUGAAAGGUGGAAAAGAAGAUUGUGUUGCUAUUCUACUUGAUAAUCAUGCUGAUAUAAAUGCUAUUGGUGCUGAUAAUAAAACAGCUAUUUGGUGGGCAGUUGAAAGAGGUCGACUUGAUGUUGUUAAAUAUUUGCUUCAAUUUAAUCCGGAUGUUGAAGUUGUUGGUGGUGAAGAUGAUGAUACACCACUCUUAUUAGCUACUAAACGAAAACGUGUAGCUAUUGUUUAUGAACUUACUAAAUAUGGUGCUCGAUUAUCAUCUACUGAUCGUUAUGGUGAUAAUAGUUUGCAUAUUGCUUUACGUAACCGCAGUCGAGAUAUUGCUGAUAUUCUACUUUCAAAUCCACGUCAUUCGAAAUAUUUAUAUCGACCUAAUAAACGUGGUGAAACACCAUACAAAAUUGAUGCUAAUUUACAAAAGAGUAUUUUAACAACUAUUUUUGGACAACGAACAUUAAACUUGAAUGAUAAUUCUAUUCUUGGUUAUGAUCUAUAUUCAUCAGCAUUAGCAGAAAUAUUAAGUGAACCAUCACUUCGAACUCCAAUUACUGUGGGUCUUUAUGCAAAAUGGGGUAGUGGAAAGUCAGCAUUAUUAACACAUUUAAAAGACGAGAUGCAUAGUUUUGCUCAAUUAACAGACUUUCCUACUAUGGAAUAUUCACCAUUACUUCUAUCAGUUAUUGUAAUUGUAGCAUUAAUUAUUGGUCUUUUUAUUAGCUCUUUAAUGCAUUACAUUGUUGGCAUAUCAUUUAGUGUUUGUUUGAUUAUGAUUUGUAUAGCAUUUCUUGUUUUCAUUCGAUAUCUUCUUCGUCAUAAAGAUUAUAUAUGGACGGCUAAUGUAGCACAAUUUAUAAAGAAACGUUUAGAAAUGUUAAGAUUUUUACUUCAAGUUCUUUUUAUGAAUCCAUAUGUUCAUCAUCGUUCAAAAAAAAAUGAUGCAUUUGAUUAUCAAAAAAUGAAAUUUAUUUUUACUGAAUAUGGAAAAAUUUCGACAGUUGAAGGUGAUAAAGCAAGUGCUGGUAUGAUUGCUGAAUUAGCGACAAAUAUUGAAGAAACAUUUGGUCUUGUGGCAACACGUCUCUGUCGUGCACUUCAUUCCAAAGAUUUAAAUCGUCAUCAAUUUCGAUAUAUAUGUUGUAUGCCAGCAUUCGUUUUUGUUUCUAUUCAAAUCUCUCUUCUACUAACUACAAGUAGUUGGAUAAGACCGAAAUCUGUAACAAUAAGUAAAUAUCAUAGACGUUCAUCAACAGUUCGUGCUUGGAUACGAAAUAAUAUCGAUUUAAUUUUUUUUUGGUCAUUGUAUUCAUUUAUAUGUACUUGUAUUUGUAUUAAUGUAUUACAUUUUUAUGUUGGUCAACAACAUGCUCAUUUUUUGAUCGUAAUUGCUCGAUUAAAUGGUGGUAUGCUUAAUUUUAAUUGUGCUUUAAUGCUUGUAUUAAUGCUUCGUAAACAUAUAACAUGGAUACGAUCAAAAGGUGGUAGUGUUCUUCUUCCACUUGAUCAUCAUAUUGAUAUACAUAAAACUAUUGGAAUUAUUAUUUUAAUUGAAACAAUUUUACAUACAGCAGCACACUUAGCUUAUUUAGGUUAUGUAUUUUACAUUUGUUCAUUACCACAAGAUAUUGGUUUUUCAUGUCCUAGUUAUACUAAUAUGAAUCGAUCAUUAAAUAAUCAUAUGAUAUUAACAAAACGUUAUCGAUUUGAUUAUAAAAUAAAUCAAUGUAUUCCAUUUGGAUAUCUUGGAUGUGGUGGUAAUUGGAAUCAGUUUUAUACCGAAGAUUUAUGUAAACUUCGUUGUAAACCAUAUCUUAUUACAAAUCAUCGUUAUGUCGAUGCAAUAUUUACAGCUAAAUUAGGACUUGGUUAUAUAACAGGAGUGCUCGAAUUCUUAUUAGGUGCACUUAUUUAUACAAUAUGUUUACCAUUUGUACGGAAACGUGGUCAUUUUCAAUUAUUUUAUUGGUGUCAUAUGUUAACACUUCCAUGGUUAAUCAUUAUGCUUUUACAUGGACCACAUUUUUGGAAAUGGUUAUUAAUUCCUGGUAUUUUGUAUAUUAUUGAAAAAAUUUUACGCUAUCGUAAAUCACGUUCAAAUAAACAUGGUGAAUCUUUUAUUAUGGAAGCUAUUCUAUUACCGUCACAAGUUAUUCAUUUGGUCAUUAAUAAACCACGAAAAUUUACAUAUAAACCAGGAGAUUAUAUUUAUAUAAAUAUUCCAUCAGUAGCCAGUUUUGAAUGGCAUCCAUUCAGUAUAAGUAGUGCUCCAGAACAUAAAGAAAGUCUUUGGCUUCAUGUUCAUGUCAAUGGUCAUUGGACAAGACGUGUUUAUGAAUUAUUUCGAAGAAAAUUAAUUGAAAAACAUGGUGGUAUGUUAAAUGAUUUUAAUGAUUUACGUCUUCGUUCAUCAAUGCGUUCACGUAUGUCGAAAAGUUAUAUUGAUGAAUUACGCGGUAUACAUCAACAAGAAACUAAUUCUCCAAUUGAUCUUAAUAAUAAUAAUAACAAUAAUAAUAAUGAUAAUUCUAAUCGUUCAUCUAAUUGUUCAACAACAGGAAUUCAUUCUAUUCAACCAAAAUCAAUUCCAAUAUCAUUUCCAACAGUAAAACAUCAAAAUAAAAUAAUUUGUUCAUCAUGUCAAUCAACAUUUAGUUUAAAUGAUAUACAAUUAAAUUCAAUAGAUAAAAAUCAUCAUACAGUUACAGAAAUAAAUCCUUCAAAUAUAUGUACAUUUGAUAAAUCAAUUCUAAUGAAUCCAAAGGAACUUGAAAAUAUGACAGUUGAAGAUAUUGAAAAGUUAGCUUAUGAAAAAGAGGAUAUCAAAUUAAAUGAACAACAAACAAAAUCAAUAACAAUACUUAAACCAGCUAUUAAAAAUAAUAAUAACAAUAAUAAUCGACUAACUGCACCACCUAAUGGUGAUUAUUGUAUAAGAAUAGCACAUACAUCAACAAUUUGUCGUGAACAACAACAAAUAGAAUUAACCGAAACACGUUUAUCUGAUGCACUUGGUUAUUUACGUAUGUAUAAAAGUCAUAAUCGAAUACAAUUUAAUUCACUUCAAUUUAAUGAUCGAGAAGAUUUACAAGUUUUAAUUGACGGUCCAUAUGGUGCACCAUCUCAACAUAUAUUCGAAGCUGAACAUGCUGUUUUAAUAGCCGCUGGUAUUGGCAUAACACCAUUUGCAUCGAUUUUACAAAGUAUAAUGUGUCGUUAUCGAAAUCGUCGACAUAAAUGUCCAAAUUGUGAAUAUAUUUGGGAUAAUCCUGAAAGUGAAGAACUUUGUUUGAAAAAAGUUGAUUUUAUUUGGGUAACACGUGAACAACGUUCACUUGAAUGGUUUAUUAGUUUAUUAGCACAAAUGGAAAUUGAACAACAACGUUUGAGACAAAAUUCUGAUAAAGGUUCUCUACUUGAAGUUCAUUUAUAUGUAACAAGUGCACAAUCACAAGCAGAUUUAAAAGCGUUGAAUGUUUAUUUAUCGCUUGAUUUAAUUGGUAGAGAAAAUUCAGCUAAUUGUGAUGCUGUUGAUGGAAUUAGACAACGAACGAAACAUGGUCGACCCGACUGGGAUCAGGUGUUUACUGAACUAUUAUGUCAAAAAAAAGGCAAAAUAUCUGUAUUUUAUUGUGGACCACCAUCAUUAUCAGCUGAACUAACAACAAAAUGUCUAAGCAUAGCUGGUCUUGUAUUAACUAAUCCUGUUAAACAAACAUUAUUGAAUGGAAAAGCUGAAAAUAUUUCAUUAGCUCAAGCUUUUCAUAGAGCUGAAAAAGCACUCACGCGUUAUUCUUAUCGAAUCAAUUCUGAUACUGAUUAUCUUGUUCAUGGUAUAUUACAUGUUUUAAUGAAAAAUCCAACAUCAUUUACAGUAAUUCCACGUCAUGCAGUGGAUAUAAUAUUUACCAAUCUGGCAGAAAAAUUAGGUAAUGAUGAUGUGGAGACUAUAACAACACCUAUUUUACUUAGCAUUGAACAAAAUUACCAAAGAAAAGUUGAACCAUUAUCACCAGUUGAAUUAUCCGAUGAAACAAAAGAAAAAAUUGAAGACGCAUUGGACAAUUUUUUAGAUGGAGAUUUUAAACAACAUUUGUGA